AUGGAUGGGUCGCGGUUUGGCACGGAAUCGCUGACGCCUUUAGUGGGGGAAUGUGAAUUGGUCUUGCAGCGAUCCACCAGCUAUGAACCGCCCAUGUAUCUUUUUCCGGAGCUACUUCCCAAAGUUCCAGAAGACACGGCACCAUUCUCCGUUAGUGACGCGGUCUCAGGCGCUGUUGAUGUGGAAGCCUCAUCUCUUAACAUUGCGGAGUUGUUUCAUUUGCCUCAAAUGGAACAGCGGGACGAUACAGGGGGCUCCCAGGGCGGGGACGCAGAUGGCACGACACCGGCCACAAAUCCUGCUUCUGCAGCACCCAUGACGACACUGGCCUCAUUGUUGGCCGCAGAUCGCCUUCAGGUUGCUGGUCUCUCAGCCGAGAUGUUGCAGCGGGGUAAAUUUUCUUCUGGAUCCAUCAUAGAGGAACUGAUUAAGCUUAAAGAUCGUGCUGAACUAAACGAUAAUGAGGCAAAAGCCAUCAUGUCAAAUCAUUUUAUCAACGUCCUUGCCUGGAGAACCCUUAUUGAAGCCAACAAUAAAGCUUUGUCCGAUGUUAAAGGGGAGAAUACGCUUCACGGGUGUCGGAGCUUUGCACGACCACGCGAAGCUGAGACGGCGGAAGUAGACAUUGGUGCGUUGCGGCCCUCGGAUGAUCCGUGGGGCACACAUGUUGAUCUACAACCUGGUGUCUUUGUCUCUGCUGCAGAGCAAAAUGUGGAAAAACGGAUCGAGCUUAUUGAAACUCUGAGUGCGCUCUAUCGUCGUCCAUGGCAAACACUGCAGUCACGCGGAAUACAAACGGAAAAGUUUACACCGGGCUCAAUAAAUGAGACAGCGCCUCAUGUGGACCCAAUAAAGUUGCCCGCUGCCAUGUUAGAUCCUGAGGAGGAUCUUGGAUGGAAGCAAUCGGCAGUAGAAGAUGCCUCAAAUAACCACUGGGAAUUGCGAGUGACUUCUUCCAGUACCGCAGCCUCGGAACUGAUCCCGGUGCGAGGACGCUUCAUGCACUUUGGACGAAGCGCUGGUGUGACCAGUGCCGCACAUGGCACUGUGACAAACGUUCAUGUUGGGCUCUCUGCCUUUACCAACCACCCCGAGUUUCUCUCACCGCAUCAUUUUUCUCUUGCGGUGCUUUCAGCGAAGCCUCCAUGGAGUGCCAGUGAUGCAGGUGCUGCGGUGAAGCAUGAAGUGGACGGCAACGGGGAAAAUGGUGAUGAGGGUCAAUUUAUCUGGCUUAUGAACUAUGGGCGUAACGGCGUUCGUGUUAUUGGGAAGCAAUGGGCACUUGGAGACAUGGUGCGUCUGGACCCAGGAGACGUUCUCCAACCCACAGAUGACAUUCGCAUUGUGAUUGGCGGCUGUGCGCAAAAAACGGAAGGGGAGUCGUCCAACGCCAAAUCCGAGGUGUUGAUGGGGGAUUAA